UAGGACCUCAGUGAAUCAGCUGCUAUGCAACAAGCAACUUCAGCGGGUGAUGAACAAACAUGGCGACUGGCUAUGCGUGGCUCCUCGUCCUGGGCUCGGUCUUUCUUUGCAAUUUAAUGAAAACACUUCUUCCGUCUAUAUCAUCAUUCCUGACAAAGAUGAUGCAGAAAGAUGCUGAGCAGGAGAGUGGGAUGAGGAUUGAAAUCCAAGAGUUGAAGAAGGAGCAGUCAUCAAUUAGCAUGAUGGAUGAGUUUGCUAGAUAUGCCAGAUUGGAGCGCAAACUCAACAAGAUGACAGACAAGCUGAAAACCCAUGUAAAAUCCAGAACAGCACAGCAAGCCAAGAUGAAAUGGAUUGUGAACAUUGUCUUUUAUAUACUGCAGAUAAAAAAAAAGCAGCAAGAUGUUGUGGGCUUUCUGGAGGCUCUCAAAGUGGACUACACUCAGCUGGACAUUGCCUGCAACGAGGAGAAUCGCAUGUGGAUGAGGCAGAAUGUCCCAGAGGAUAGGAAGCCUACGAACGGCAUCCCCCUACCCCCUCAAAUCUUUAAUGAAGCGAGCUACUGUGGGGACUACGACACAUUCUUUGAUGCCAAGGAGGACAACUCAGUUUAUGCCUUCCUGGGACUGCCCCCUCCUCCUGGGUCAAAGGAAGCAGAAAAGGCUGACAAGGCGGACAUUGUGGAGAAUGGGACCCACGCCGAAGAAACUAAUACAGUGGGCAACCUUGAUGACUUAAUAGAGGUUCCUGUGGAGGAGCGUAAUGGAAAUACACACAGAGAGGAGGAGAAGCUGCAACAGGCAGCUGAUGAGGAGGAGGAAGCUCAGGAUGGCGAGGAGGAGGCGGAAAUAACAGAGGGAGAGACUGCAGAUAAAGAAGAAACAGCAGGAGACGAAACCCCUAUGGAGGAAGAGGAGGCAGUGGAAGAAGCAGACGAGGUCACAGAAGAUAUACAGGCUCAUGCAGAGGAGGAAGAAGGACAGGAGGAAGAGGAUUUGCAGUCAGAGGAGGAAGAAGAGCUACUACAGCUUGAGGAAGAAGAAGAGGCGGAAGUUGAAGAGGACGAAGAAGAAGACUUGGAAGAAACACAGGAGGAAGAGGCUGAGUAGUUAAAGGCAGGUGUCGUCCCUGAUGUUGACUUGCUUCUGUCAAGGCGGAAGAAGCCUCCUGUUUGUCUCUCCUUGACCCCUGAAGCUUGACCUCCCUCUGUCCUGUCAAACAACCCCUCUACCCUCCCCUUGGCCACACUGGACUUCACUGGAAACUGCUGAAAAGACUGAAAAUUCCUAACCCACAUCUGCCCCUAUCCCUUGUGACUGCUAUAUUGACUUAAUUUUUAUAUUUUGCCUGUAGAGACUUGCUUUAAUAAAAAUGUGCAGUUAUUUUGUUAAAAUCAAAACAUAUUUCUCAUGUUUUAAGUAGAAGAUGUUUUACAGAUAUUCUUACACAAGAGACAGUGACCUUUUAGGAAAAUAUUACCUUUAAAUACCUCAGCUUGUCAGUAUUUCAGAGGUUCAUAUCUCAAAGUUUUAUAUCCCACUCUGUUUUAAAUUCUGUGGUUUUAUUACAAUAGUCUUUCGCUAAUGUUGUUCCUUUAAUGGCUAUCAACUUAAUGUAAAAAUGGAACUAAGACUUCUAAAGGCCACGUGAGAAAAAAAGUAUGCAAAUAUUGCAAGGAUGCAAAAUGGUCCACCUCUAUUCUGACUACUCCUGCUUAUCAAUGCAUUUUGUUGAAUGAGUAGAGCUACUAAGUGUUAGAUGGACUAACAUGUGCAAUAAAGUAGACAGGUUAAAAAGAA